AAUCGUACAUUCAUACAGUGCACCACCUCACAGUGCUCAUCCAAAGUGCAGUAGUUUGUGUUCGUUUUCUAAAUCUCGGUGAAUUUCUGAAUCUACCCUGCAGUUGCAGAGAUGGAUGCGCAGGGUUGGCCUUCUUGUACCGAGCUAAAUGAAAUCAGAGAGAGAGUUUCCAAAAUGGCGAAUGUGAAUACAGAGGAGGUUCGAGUUGUGGUAUCUCCCUAUCGAAUAUGUCCUUUGGGGGCACACAUUGAUCAUCAGGGUGGGACCGUUUUAGCUAUGACAAUCAAUAGGGGAAUACUUCUGGGUUUUGCUCCUUCUGCUAAUUACCAGGUUGUAAUUCAUUCUGGACAGUUUCAGGGAGAAAUUAAGUUCAGAGUUGAUGAGACUCAGCAGCCAAAAGAUAAUUGUUUGGCCAAAGAUUCUUCUGAGCUACAUGAACAAUGUGACUGGGGGCGUUAUGCUAGAGGAGCAGUGUAUGCACUACAGAGUAGAGGAAACAAUCUCUCUAAGGGUAUCACAGGAUACAUAUGUGGUUCUGAAGGUUUCGACAGUUCAGGCUUAAGCUCUUCAGCUGCAGUUGGAGUGGCUUACCUCAUGGCUUUGGAAUAUGCAAAUAAUUUAGUAAUGUCUCCCACAGAAAAUAUAGAAUAUGAUAGGUUGAUUGAGAAUGAAUAUUUGGGUCUGAAAAAUGGCAUAAUGGAUCAAUCAGCUAUAUUACUUUCAAGACAUGGUUGUUUGAUGUGCAUGAAUUGCAAGACCAAAGAUUAUAAGCUCGUCUACCAACCAAAGGUUCUAGAAUACAAGGAGAAUGAGCAACCGAAGGCAACUAGUAUAUUGUUGGCACUUUCUGGUCUGAAGCAAGCUUUGACGAAUAGCCCUGGAUAUAACAAGCGAGUUGCAGAGUGUCAAGAGGCUGCAAAAUUUCUUCUUGAAGCAUCUGGAGAUUACAAAACCGAGCCCAUCCUAUCCAAUGUUGAUCCAGAAGUUUACGAGGCCCAUAAGCACAAAUUAGAACCAAAUCUAGCCAAAAGAGCAGAACAUUAUUUCUCGGAGAAUAUGCGUGUUAUGAAAGGACUCGAGGCUUGGUCGUUGGGCAAGUUAAAAGAUUUUGGAAUGCUUAUUACAGCUUCUGGUCGGAGUUCCAUUCAAAAUUAUGAAUGUGGUUGUGAACCACUGAUUCAGCUGUAUGAGAUCCUUUUGAGAGCUCCUGGUGUAUUGGGAGCGCGGUUCAGUGGUGCUGGCUUUAGAGGGUGUUGCGUUGCAUUUGUGGAGGCUGACCUUGCAACUGAAGCUGCAUCAUUUGUCAGAAAAGAAUAUCUCAAGGUUCAGCCAGAGUUAGCAAGCCGAAUACAAAACGACAAUGCUGUUUUAAUAUGCGACUCUAGUGAAUGUGCACGUGUAAUUUAACCUGCAUUUUCCCCCUUAAUACUUAUAUUUCAUCAUUCUUCUAUUACCAAUCACACCUUGAAAUC